UAUUUUUUUUUUUAAAAAAAGCAAAAUCUAUAUGUAUAUGUAUAUAAUAUAAGUAUAUUUGAAUUGACCAUUGAUUUUAUGGUGAUAAAUUUUAUGUUAUUUUUUUUUUUCUUUCACCACCAGUUUAAUCUGAUUCGGAGGUUUGUUCCGGCAUCAAGUUAUUUUAGCCCCUCCCAAUCACAAUUACAGGGAUCGAACGGUAGUCCUCUCUAACAGGUUAAGCACCGAUAACUUUAUUUUAUUUUAGAACAAAAAAAGAAAGCAAGAUUAAUCGGAUUAAUUAACUUCAAAUAAUUUUUUUCUCAUAGUAGAACCAAACAUAUACCAAGAGAUGACAGAAAAGGUUAAUGAGAACAGGAAAGGGAAAAGGAAAAGUUAGGGGAUGGUGGGGUUGAGAAAGUGCUACUACUAAUUCAAAAGCUAUCUAUGAGUUGAGAGAGAGAGAGAGAGAGAGUGGGAACAUUCUGAAAUUGGUUGGCUUUUUGUGUUUGUGCAGCUGUGGUGGUGGCUGUUAUCAAAAGAUGAAAAACAGCUCAUCUUUUUUGAAGGGUCAUCUUUUCCUAUUCCUUAUGUGAGUGAGUGGUUCCUGUGUUACCUAUGUAGACAACCUCUUCUUUUAUCACACACACUCAAACAACAACCUUUGUGUUUCUUGUCCUUUUUCCCACUCCCAUUUUUUUGAUUCUUCCUUGCUUCCUUCUCACCACAACUUCUGGGUCUUCUAGGAGUUGAAAUUUCAAAGGAGGGACAUAGCUAAAACAUGGCUAUAGUAGUGGUAACUAGUGAGUGAAUGUUGUUUUGAGUAUGGAAUUUUGUUUCUGAAACUUUGUUGUUGUGACCAGAAAGUGUGUUUGUUUGUUUGUUAGUACUACUUGUGUGUGUGGUUGUGUCUAAAUCCAUUGUUGGAAAUUGGAAAUAACAACAAGAACAAAAAAAUAAGUGAAAAGAAACAAAUACCAAGAUUCAGAAACAUAAUUUUAAUAGAGAGUGGGGCGGUGGUGUCAGAUUCAACAAGUGGGGGUGUCUGUAACAAAGUUACUCUUCAUUUGAUAGAUAAAUUAUUAUUAUAUAAAUAUAUGUGAAUGUGUGAGUGUGUGUGUUGGAGAUAGUUUGUUUUGUUGGUAAUGUCUCCUAACAUGGUUUAUCUUAACCGGUCUCUUUGGACUUUGUUACCAAUUUAGUAAGCAACAUGUUCUUUGAGUCUCUUCACAUUCAAGUCACAAAAAAAGAAUAAUAAUAAUAAUAACUUAAGUUUAGUUUUAUAAACAAAAUUUGCAGAGAAAACUCAUUCAACCUUCUCUCUUGAUAGUCUAACUAGCCUUGUUUCGAGGGAAAGAUUCGGUCUUACAAGGAAGAAGAAACUUGAUCCUUCUUGGUCUUUACUCUUUAUACUAGCAAGUUACUUGCAUUCACUUUUGAGCUUUGUGGAGUGAUUUGAGCUUUUUUGGAGCUUUUUUCUUUUUGGUCAAGAUGAAGUUUAUGAAACUUGGAUCUAAGCCUGAUUCUUUUCAAACUGAUGGAGAAAAUGUCAGGUAUGUGGCAACUGAGUUGGCAUCUGACAUAGUCGUUAAUGUUGGGGACGUAAAAUUUUAUCUACAUAAGUUUCCACUUUUGUCCAAAAGUUUACGCUUACAGAAGUUGGUUUCAGAAACAAAUGAGGAGGACGACGAAAUUCAUAUCCACGACAUUCCCGGAGGACCUGUUGCUUUUGAAAUAUGUGCAAAGUUCUGUUACGGUAUGGUGGUCACUCUAAAUGCAUACAAUGUGGUUGCAGCUCGCUGUGCAGCGGAGUAUCUUGAGAUGUAUGAAAACAUUGAAAAGGGAAAUCUUAUCUACAAGAUUGAAGUCUUCAUCAACUCCAGCAUUUUCAGGAGCUGGAAAGACUCCAUUAUUGUUCUACAAACAACCAAAUCUCUUCUUCCAUGGUCCGAAGAACUUAAGAUUGUGAGCCAUUGUAUCGAGUCAAUCGCUACCAAGGCUUCAAUGGAUCCAUCCAAGGUGGAGUGGUCAUACACAUAUAACAGGAAGAAGCUUCCGUCUGAAAAUGGUAACGAUUCACACUGGAAUGGUGUUAGGAAACAACUAAUGGUUCCAAAGGAUUGGUGGGUGGAAGACCUUUGUGAUCUCCAACUCGAUCUCUAUAAGCGAGUCAUGUCAACAAUAAUGAGCAAUGGAAACGUUUCUGGUGCAGUUGUCGGAGAAGCUCUAAGUGCAUAUGCUUCUAGAAGGUUGCCUGGCUUCAACAAGGGUGUUAUCCAAAGUGGCGAUAUCACAAAGAAUAGAUUAUUGUUGGAAACUAUUGUCGGUUUAUUGCCUCCAGAUAUGGGAAGUGGCUCUUGUGGUUUCUCACUGAAGUUAUUAAAAGUGGCUAUUCAGUUGGAAUGUGAAGUAUCGGUGAGAUCCGAACUGAUGAGAAGAAUAGGUCAACGCCUUGAGGAGGCUACAGUGGCUGAUCUUUUGAUUUGUGAGACGGGUGGUGAAACAACUUACGAUGUUGAAACUGUGCAGAAGCUAGUUGAAGUGUGUGUAGCACAUGAACAGCAAUCUCUGUUGGAAGAUGAAUUGCAAGAGAUCAGAAGCCCUAAGAUGGUAUCAAAUUCCACUAGCAAGUUAAAGGUAGCAAAGCUGGUUGAUAGCUACCUUGCUGAGAUUGCACGUGAUCCCAAUUUGCCUCUUCCAAAUUUCGUGAAUAUUGCUGAUUUGGUAUCAAGCUUUCCUCGACAAUCUCAUGAUGGCCUUUAUCGCGCCAUUGACAUGUAUUUAAAGGAACAUCCUGGAAUCAGCAAAAGUGAGAGGAAAAGAAUAUGUAGGUUAAUGGAUUGCAGGAAGCUGUCUGCAGAAGCUUGCAUGCAUGCAGUGCAGAAUGAGCGGCUUCCUCUCCGUGUCGUUGUACAGGUUCUCUUCUUUGAGCAGAUGAGAGCUUCAACGACAUCAUCAUCAGGAGGCACGAGCACUCCUGAUCUUCCCGGUUCUAUCAGGGCGUUGCAUCCCGGUGAAUCUCAUGGUAGCUCAAGGUCUACUACCACCAACACAGAAGAGGAAUGGGAUGCAGUUGCAACUGCAGAAGACAUAAAAGUUCUGAAAGGGGAACUCGCUGCACUAAAAUUAUCAGGCGGAAGUAGCCAGAGUAGUGACAGAAACAGCAACAACAAUGCAGAAAAAGUUGCUGCUAACAAAAUGAAAGGUUUCCUCAUGUCAAAGAAAAUAUUCUCUAAGAUUUGGUCCAGCAAAGAAAAAAACGGAGAGAUUACUAGCUCUGAUACAUCCGAAAGCCCUGCUUCUACAGUUGUUGAGGAGACGAAGUCUACGCCGUCUAGAAGUAGGAGGCAAUCAGUAUCUUAAAAUCUACCUUUUCUGCAGACUUCAAGCACCGUUGCAUCGCUGUAUAAUUGUUGAUCACUUUGGUAGCAUUAGGAGAUAUAGCUUACUUGACAUCUUCUAGCUGAUACUGAUUGUGGCUUAAGGUAUGAAGGUUUUUUGUGGCUACAUCUUAUCGAAGGAACCGGUUUUGUUGUAGUAUAAUGAGAGAAGGAUUAUCAUUGACUUAUGAACUGCUAAGACUAAGACAAAAUUUGUAAGCAUUUUAAGAUAUAAGGUUAACUAACUAGAAUCAAGUGCUAAUGAGCUUAUAUAACUAACUAAAAUCAAAUGUUAGGCUCAAUUGCCUAGUCUAGUUUGUAUUGGUUCUUAAGUAACUUGCAUUACACCACUGUUUUGUUGGGUUUAGCUGGUGUUUUCACUAAUUUUCACCUACUUUGAUUGUUAUGCUACAGCAUAGACAUUGUUGCAA